AUGUAUGUCUUGAAAAACUAUCGAUUGUUAGACAAAAAGAAAACAAUCCUAUUUAAUAGGGCAAAGUCUUAUUAUACUAAAAAUAAGUCAAACUUCUAUAAAAAUUGGUAUGACUUAGAAAGCUCAAUCGAAUUUGAUAGAUGCACGGUCCCAUACCCAGGUUUGAGAAUUGCUGAAAUCAAAUAUAAAGAAAAUUCUACCCCGCAAUGUGGAGAUUCUGAAAUGAUACUAUUGGCAGUCUUACGACUCUUAUUCAUGUACAUUUACAAUCUAGAUUUUCAAUAUGGUAAGUUUACUAUAAGUUACAGAAUGGAAAUCUUUACAAUAGAAGAUGAGAUUGAGAUUCUUUCCUAUACAAUAGGUCCGGCUAUAUCUUUAAAUGAUGAAAAAGGGAUUCAUCUUCCUAUUCAAUCUUUAUUACCUUUUAUACUCAAAUACCUAUUGAAAAAAGCCAAGGAAUACAAAGAUUUUAAGCUAACUGGAAUAUUCAUUCGUGCCUAUCUUGAAGGAAUUAAUGAAAAAGACUCACAUUCACCUUCGACUUCUCCUGAGAAAAUAGCUAAGGAUAUUUGGAAUAAUAUAUCUUUAUGCAUAGAAGAAAAAGACUUUCAUGAACCUGAAGCUAAAUCUAUGGUUAGGAAGCGUGCUAUCUCCCCAUUUAUAACAGCUUUAAAAGAAGAAUCCUGUAAGGAUAGGAAGUCAUUCAUUGUAGCGGAUACAGAGACUAUUCUAAUUGAUAAUGUACAUGUGCCAUACGCAGCGGCUUUCUUAGUGGUCAAACCAGAUGAAAAUCUUAGUCUUUCUUCUUUAAUAGAAGUGUUUUUUAGUGAAGAUCACAAUUUCUUUAUCUCUUCAUUUCAAGAAAGGAGUUAUAGAGUCUUGUUCGACUUUCUUAAUCACAUAGAAAGGGUGGCUACUAAGACAAAGAGUAAAACAGUCUACUUUCAUAACUUUUCACGAUUUGAUGGGAUUUUCUUUUUAGAAUAUUUAGCAAAAGUUGAUAAGUACUACUUCAAAGCACUUAUAAGGAAUAAUAAGCUUUAUGAAAUGAAAGUCUAUAAAAAAGGUAAAAGCAAGAAUUUGCUCUUUUCUCUAAGAGAUUCAUUGACUAUUCUCCCUAACAGCCUGAAAGUAUUGGCAAAGUCUUUGUGUCCUCAUUUAGGAACGAAAGGCGAAAUUCAACAUGAUGCUUUGACUUUGGAGAAUUUGAUGGAGAAUAGAGAGAUAAUCUUAGAAUAUAUGAAACAGGAUAUUCGUCUCUUAGGCGGUGUUAUGGUAAAGGCUCAAUCUCUCUUAUAUUCUUUAUAUAAAUUGGAUAUUGUCAGUUGCUUGACAUUGUCAGUGAUAUCUCUGAAAAUCUUUCAUAUGAAAUAUUACGAUUUUGCUCAUUUUCCUAUUCAUAUUCCAAGUUCUAAUGAAGAUACUUUUAUUAGGCGUGCUUACUAUGGGGGGCAUGCUGAAACGUAUAUCCCACGAGGUCAAAAUUUAUACUAUUACGACGUGAACUCCUUGUAUCCAUAUAUCAUGAAAAACUAUCCAAUGCCGGGCGGUGUUCCUAUCUGGCAUGGGAAUUUAAAAAACGAGGAAUUAGAUGGGGAUAGGUUACUUUUCCCUACUGGUGAAUUCGUUGGUGUGUAUUAUAGCGAGGAAUUGCUUUUUGCGCGCGAGUUGGGUUACAUGAUUAGACCAUUAAGGGGAUACUUGUUUGAGAAGAAGGAUUCACCAUUCGAUAGCUUUGUCACAGACAUAUAUAAUGAAAGACUCAAUGCUAAAAAAAGAGGGGAUAAUGCCAUGACAUAUUGCUAUAAAAUACUAUUGAACUCUCUAUACGGUAGAUUUGGUAUAAAUCCAGAGACUACUAUAACAGAGGUGUGCGAAAAGAAUAGAUAUACAUCUUUGAUAAAAAAGAAAAAGUUAAUGGAGGCACAUAAACUAAGCGAUAUUUACUACAUCGUAAAAUACUUGGAAAAUACAUUCUAUUCUGAUGAAAAUGACUAUCAACCUCCAAGAAUAUCUGCCGUUCAUUUGUCAGCCGCUAUUACAGCCUGUUCUCGCAUUUAUAUGUAUAAAUACAUUUCCAGACCUGACUGUUACUACACUGAUACAGACUCUACAAUUCUUGGUAGUCCUCUUCCUGACGAAGAUAUAUCUUCCAAUGAAUUAGGCGGGAAAGGAGAUAAUAAGAAAUGCCAGCUUUGCUCUUUCAUGACAGCGUCUACCUUUAGGGAAGAGGAUUCCUCUUGGGUGGAACCUUCUACAGAUAGAUUCGUUCUACUCGACUCGAUGAAGAUCGCGCCCUGUACAGCUUGCUCAGCCCUUCUUCCUAGCUUCAACCUUGAUAUUGACCUUCUCACUGAAGCGUCAUCCCAGGGGAGGGGUGACUUAGGCUCUGCAAGACGUCCUAUGUUGCACACUGACUCGAAAUCUCCCUCAUCCAUUCCUGCAUCAGUCAGUUGGAGCUUGCACAGGAUGGCAAUUGACUUCUGUCGAGUUCCUGCGACUCUGUACUCUUCUUAUUCAUUCAGAGAUGGUCCUUACUCAGCGGGACUCGUCGGCACCAGACUUUAG